GCCCAACAAAGUUUUAAAACUAUAUAUACAUUAAAAAGUUCUUUCUUUGUUAAUGGAAGGAAAAAGUAAAAUCCGGUAAUGGAGAACGAGAGACGCAGCGGCGGAGGAGACAGUGUUCCGAUCUCUGUCCGAAGCAUUAACGGCGAAUCGACGACCGUUCAGGUUUCCUCUGACGGGACAAUUCGUGACCUAAAGAAAGCCCUAAAAUCCUGUUUCCCUCCCGCUUCCUCUUCUUCCAAUUUCCAUCUGUAUAUCAAGGGUGAGAAAUUGAAAUUGGACACUAGAGUGGCUGCGAUUACUAUUAAUGACGGUGAUAUCUUGGGUUUAUUUCCGUUUAAGAAGAAGGAACUUCGACAGACUCCAAAACCUGAUUUAUCAAAACCUUCCUCCUUGAGUUCAAGAACCUCAACUAUGAAAGAUGAAAACGCUAAAAGAGCUGAGGAUCAUUGUGUUGGUGAGAAACGAAAACGGGAUGAAGAAGCGUGUCCAUAUGGAUUCUUUAAUGAUGAUUUGGAGUCUGAGUGUAAAGAUGCAUUCAAGGGUCAGAACACAGAGAAGCUUGCUGAGGUUUUAAAGUCCAGGAAUUGCUUGACAUCUCCAGGUUCUACAAAAUGCUUGAUGUCAUGGGAUUCAAGUAGCUCUUUGUGUUCUUGUCCUGAUUGGGUGAAAUUGUCUAUGGAGACAUUCGCGUUUUUGAAUAUUUUUUCAUAUGUUCUUCAAUCACAUGGAGAAAAGUUAUAUUUAACCCGCUUGAAGGAAUCUCUUUCCCGGUUAGCUAUGUCUGGAGUUCGUGUUCGUAUACAAGACGUUAAGAAUCUCUCUGUUAUAUGCCCCAAGGUAGUAAAGGUUAUCACUGAUGACUAUGAGGCUGUGAACUAUGAGAACGCUAUAGUUAUAGCUGACUAUCUGGAGAUGGAUGAAAAAUCAGGUCGUAAAAAAAUUCCUCUUGCAAAGCUCUUUAGUGCCAUGAAAAAACGGGAGGCUUCCUUUAAGUCUGAUUUCUGGGAGUCCAUCAGAUCGCUACUGAACAAAAAUACAGGUGAGAGUGGAAUAGCUAUUUCCUUGGAGGGCUUGCUUAAAUUUGCCAGUGAAGGAAGAGCUGAUGGUGGAAACGAAGCUAGACAGGCUGGGAAAGGCACUUGUCCUACCUCUGGUUCUCGUAAAUUCCAGACUUUGUGUCAUGCCACAAAUUCACUGCUACCAUCGGAGAUGGUUGAACAUCUCAGGAAUGGUAUUGGAUCUAAAGGACAGGUAGUUCACGUUGAAGUUAUCAAGGCCAGAAAAUCUGCCUACGUCGAAAUGUCAGAUAAGCUCUCGGAAACCACCAAGUCUGCCUUGAAACGAAUUGGUCUCAACACAUUAUACAGCCAUCAGGCUGAAGCAAUUUCAGCAGCCUUGGCUGGAAAGAAUGUUGCGGUUGCAACUAUGACUUCCAGUGGAAAAUCUCUUUGCUAUAACGUGCCAGUCUUUGAGGAAUUGUGCAAAGAUACAAAUUCUUGUGCCUUGUACUUAUUUCCGACCAAGGCCUUAGCUCAGGAUCAAUUAAGAGCAUUGUCUGAUUUGAUAAAAGGAUUCGAAGCAAGCAUAAACAUGGGUGUAUACGAUGGUGAUACUCCUUACAAGGAUAGAACAAGGCUGAGGAGUAAUGCUAGACUGCUGAUCACAAAUCCUGAUAUGUUACAUAUAUCAAUUUUGCGUCGCCAUAAAGAACAAUUCAGCCGGAUUUUAUCUAACCUUAGGUACAUUGUGAUUGAUGAAGCCCAUAUUUACAAAGGACCAUUUGGCUGCCACAUGGCCCUUAUAUUGAGAAGACUUCGCCGCCUGUGCUCUCAUGUAUAUGGUGUCAAUCCUUCUUUCAUAUUUUGCACUGCAACUUCUGCUAAUCCUCGAGAACAUUGCAUGGAGCUUGCAAACCUAUCUGAGCUCGAGCUGGUAACAAUAGAUGGAAGUCCUUCCUCUGAAAAGCUUUUUGUCUUGUGGAAUCCAUCAGCUCCUCCAACAAGUAAAUCUGAAAAAAGUUCAAAAGUCGUGAGUAGUAGUGAAGCUGCUGCAGAUAAACCAUCUGGAGCUGCUGUCGAUACACUAUCAGGCCCAGCUUCUGAAGUUUCACACCUUUUCGCAGAGAUGGUUCAGCAUGGAUUACGUUGUAUUGCUUUUUGUCCAUCUCGCAAACUCUGUGAACUUGUUCUGUGUUUGACACGUGAAAUUCUAGCUGAGACUGCCCCUCAUCUGGUUGAAGCCAUAACCUCAUAUCGUGGAGGCUACAUUGCUGAGGACCGGAGGAAAAUAGAGAGUGAUUUAUUUGGUGGAAAGCUUUGUGGCAUUGCUGCAACAAACGCACUUGAGUUGGGGAUUGAUGUUGGUCACAUCGAUGUAACUCUUCAUUUAGGUUUUCCCGGGAGUAUUGCCAGUCUUUGGCAGCAAGCCGGUCGGUCUGGAAGGCGACAAAAGCCCUCUCUUGCUGUAUAUGUUGCCUUUCUCGGCCCGCUUGACCAAUACUACAUGAGCUUUCCGGACAAACUCUUUGGUAGCCCAAUUGAGUGUUGCCAUAUUGAUUCUCAAAAUAAGCAUGUCCUUAUGCAACAUUUGGCUUGUGCUGCUCUUGAGCAUCCGUUGAGCUUACAAUAUGAUCAACAGCACUUUGGUUCUGGCUUAAGCGACCCUCUUGCUGAGCUCAGGAACAAAGGAUUCUUGAGUUUUGAUCCAUCCCGUGAUUCUUCUUCUAGAAUAUGGAACUAUAUUGGUCGAGAGAAAAAUCCUGCGAGGAUAGUCUCUAUACGGGCCAUAGAGACAGUAAGAUACAGAGUCAUGGAAAAAAAAAGUAAAGAUGUUCUCGAUGAAAUCGAGGAAAGCAAAGCGUUUUUCCACGUAUAUGAAGGAGCUAUUUAUAUGAACCAAGGAAGGAACUACCUGGUCACGAGUCUGGAUAUAAAAGAAAAGGUAGCUCUGUGUGAACUAGUAAACGUGGAUUACUACACCAGGACUCGGGAUUACACUGAUAUCAAAGUAACUGGUGGUGACACUGCUUACCCGGUCAAGGCUCCAAAGAAGCCAACACCACAAACUCAUGCAUGUAGAGUGACAACAAAGUGGUUUGGAUUUCUUCGUAUCCGAAGAAGAAACAAUGAAGUAAUUGAUGAUGUUGAGCUUUCACUCCCAAGUUACACUUACCAAUCACAGGCUGUUUGGAUUCAAGUGCCGAUGUCGGUAAAACUAGCAGUGGAGACGGCAAACUUGCCAUUCCGUGCUGGUUUACACGCAGCUUGUCACGCCCUUGUCAACGUUGUUCCAACAAGAGUGACAUGCAACUAUUCAGACAUAGCUCCAGAAUGUCCAAAUCCGCAAGAGCAACGGUAUUUCCCAGCAAGAAUCUUAGUAUAUGAUCGUCAUCCUGGAGGAACUGGCAUAUCCGCCAAGAUCUGUCCGCUCUUCUUUGAGCUUCUAAAAGAUGCUCGUGAUCUCUUAAGGUCUUGCGAAAAAUGCCCACCUGAAACUGGUUGCCCCAAGUGCGCUCAGACUUUUGGUUGCCGAGGGUACAAUGAACUCCUACAUAAGAAAGCAGCCAUCAUGAUCAUGCAGGGCGUUUUGGACGCGAAGGAAGAUUGAAUCAUCAGACAUCUCAAGAUUACAAUUUUUUUCAUUUUUUGUAAAUCUAAUUCAUUCAAAAGGUUAAAAUAGAUUUGAUUGACUGACUAGUUAACAACACAUUUUUGUUACUAAUAAAAAUCUUGUAAUUGACAC